GUGUCGUCAUACCAACCGUCCGAUCAGUAGUCCUCAAGUGAAGCUGGAACGCCUUCGUCGGAAUAUCGUCGCCAUUUGAGUCAACGGUCAAACCUCACCUUCGGCUGUCUCCUCCCCACCUCGCUCUCCCGCCCCCUCUUCUCUCCUGGCCCAAAGAGAGAGAGAUUGAGACGAGAGUCCACGGUUGCCUGUCAAUACUAUUUUGGCUUCCAACCUCUCUCUAUUUAUCUUCGAUCACUGCCGUUGAGGACAUCCUAUCACUUCGAUGAUGGACGACUACGGAGGCGUGAUCGCGUCGCCGGCGGCGGAGGGGGAGCUGGAGGCGGCGGAGCGGGAGAUCAUGCGGUGGGACUCGGUGUCCCAGGCUGCCGAAGACCGGAUGCUCUUCGACGGCGGGCACCGCUCCGACGCCGAGCGGUUCCUCCGCGCCGUCGACGAGAUCCGCCGCUCCAUCAAGGGCCCCAUCGUCGUUGGCAGCCCCCGCCGGUCGUCGUCCUCCUCCUCCGGGUCCACGUCGGCGAACGCGAUCCAGAUCGCGAUGGCCAAGCUGGAGGAUGAGUUCAGUAAUAUACUGGUUUCUAGAGUCAACGAGUUCGAGAUCGAGUCGCUCGUCGAUCUGAGCUCGCUGUCGAUGUCGAUGGAGGAGGAUUCGGCCGGCGGCGAUAUCUCCGAUGCAGAGGGCGGCGAGGACUGGAGUCUCCGGCCGUCGGGAUCGGAGGGGAGCAGCCUGGGGCACAGCAGGAAGAGCAGCAGCUACCAGUCGACGAGAAGCGUCCGGGAGAUCGAGCUGGUGCCGGAGGACGCGAUCGCGGAUCUCCGGAGCAUUGCGGAGCGGAUGAUCGCCUCCGGCUAUGGCCGGGAGUGCGUCCAGGUGUACGGCUCCGCCCGGAAGGCGGUGGUGGACUUGUGCUUCCGGCAGCUCGGCGUCGAGAAGCUUAGCAUCGGCGACGUCCAGCGCCUCGAGUGGGACGCCCUCGAGGCCAAGAUCCGCCGCUGGAUCCGGGCCGCCCGGGCCUGCAUCCGGAUCGUCUUCGCCAGCGAGCGCCGCCUCUGCGAGCGCGUCUUCGACGGCCUCGGCGGCGUCCCCGGUGGCGACGACGCCCCCUUCAACGAGACUGUCAAGGGCGCGGCCAUCCAGCUCUUCGGCUUCGCCGAGGCCAUCAGCAUCGGCCGCCGGUCCCCGGAGAAGCUCUUCAAGAUCCUCGACCUCCACGACGCCAUCUCCGACCUCCUGCCGGACGUAGCCGCCCUGUUCCGCUCCCGGUCUUCCGGGUCCAUCUACACCCAGGCCGCCGGCAUCCUUUCCCGCCUUGCCGAGGCCGUCCGGGGUAUCCUCUCCGAGUUCGAGAACGCCGUCCUCCGGGAUCCCUCCAAGAUCCCGGUCCCUGGCGGCACCAUCCACCCGCUGACUCGCUAUGUGAUGAACUACAUCAGCCUCAUCUCUGAUUACAAGCAGACUCUGGUCGAGCUCAUCGUCACGUGCCCGUCGGCGAGCUCGCGGUUCGCCGGUGAGGAUCCGGGUGCUGGUGGCCCGGAGAUCGACUUCCCGGAGCCGGAGAACCCGUCACCACUGGCCGCCCACUUGAUCUGGAUCAUCGUUAUACUCCAGCACAAUCUUGAAAACAAGGCCAAUCUCUACAAGGACAAUGCCCUCUCCCAUCUCUUCUUGAUGAACAACGUGCACUAUAUUGUCCAUAAGGUGAAGGGCUCGCCGGAGCUCCGGCAGCUGAUCGGAGAUGACUACUUGAGGAAGCUGACAGCGAAGUUCCGGCAGUCAGCAACUAGAUACCAGAGGGCGACAUGGGUGAGGAUCCUCUACUGUUUGAGGGAUGAGGGAAUUCAUGUGAGCGGGAGCUUCUCUUCCGGGGUUUCCAAAUCGACGCUGAGGGAGAGGUUCAGGGCUUUCAAUGCGGCCUUUGAUGAGGUCCACCGGACUCAGGCAGCAUGGUUGGUGCCGGACACUCAGCUGAGAGAGGAGCUGAGGAUUUCGAUAUCGGAGAAGCUGUUGCCGGCCUACCGGUCCUUCCUUGGCCGGUUCCGGCAUCAUAUAGAGAGUGGUAGGCACCCUGAGAUGUAUAUCAAGUAUUCGGUUGAGGAUCUAGAGGCGGCCUUAUCUGAUUUCUUUGAAGGGUGCACACCUUCUCCACUCAACAGGAGAAGAUCACAUUGAAGAAGCUGAUGCUCUAAAGAGGUGUAGACUGAUGGGUGUGUAAGCAGAUAUUCUUUAAAUUUUUAGAGGGAAGUUAGCAGGCGAUUGUUGUUAGUCAAGCGGAGCUUCGGAUUUUCCAAGAUCUUGUUGUAGCUGAUGCAGAGAUCUGCACUCCCCCAUAAUGUUUCUGAAGAUCUUGUUGGAGCUGUUGAAUACUCAAGGGCUGGUGCCUGUAUAGUUUCCUUCUGGUGAAUCCUCAAGCUCCAAAAAUGUUGAGAAGCAGAAAGUAUAGAAGGAGAUAGAGAGGUUGGCUUGAGGAAGUCCAAGGUCAUUAGAAUUGAGCAUUAAGGUGAAGGAGGUCCAAUAGAUCCACACUUUCAAUUUCUUUUCUUUUUAUGUUUCUUUCUUGUGAGAACCCUAUUCCCUCUUUUUUUAAUU